CAGAAAAUUGUGCAAAGCGAAGAGCUCAGACGUGAGAUAAAUGGCUCUCUACGAAAAGAUGAUGACCAUGAAGGUAAAGGCUAAAUAUUCUUUUGGAUUUUUUUUACAGAAACAACACACCACAAUGAGCUCCGCUGCUGAAAGGAAGAAAACCAAAAAAAUGUAGCAACCCCUGAAAUCUCUUUUUUCUUAUGGAGUCAAGUGCCAAAAUGAAACUAGUAUUGCAACUGUGACACUAACACCACUUUCGCUUUCUUAUUUUAUUUUAUUUUAACCUAUUUUCAUUAUUGAACCUUUCAGCUAAGCUCCUGUGCAGGGAUUUCAAGAUCCAGGUGCUUCCUGCAGCCUUCUAUCUGAAUGAAAAUGUUAAUUUCAAACAGUCGGCUGCUUCAGGAAAAAUGAGCACUCAAGGUUGUUGUUGCUGA